UUCGUCGCGACGAGUCGAUUCGCAUCGCAUCGCCAAACAAAAAUGGUUGUUGCGUCGCCUUCGUAAAUCGCAUUAUUAUUGGUUAUGUGUAACCGGUUGCAGUGUUUGUGAUAUUCUUGUGACGAGCAGGAAGAAAACAAAUGCAAAAUGUUGGAAAUUCCGUUAAUGACAACGGAUGAGGUGAUUGAAUUAGAUCCGGAACAGUUACCGGCUGGAGAUGAAGUGCUCGGUAUUCUGCAGCAGGAGCGCUCGCAGCUCAGUGUUUGGAUCAAUGUUGCGCUUGCCUAUUACAAACAAAAGAAGAUUGAUGACUUCCUCAAAAUCCUGGAGGCGUCCCGCGUGGACGCCAACAUGGAGUACCGGGAUGUGGAAAGGGACCAAAUGCGAGCUCUUGACAUGCUCGCUGCUUACUAUGUUCAAGAAGCCAAUAAGGAGAAGACCAAAGAUAGGAAGAAAGAGUUGUUCACAAAAGCCACUUUGCUGUAUACAAUGGCAGAUAAAAUCAUCAUGUAUGAUCAAAACCAUCUCCUUGGCCGAGCCUACUUCUGUCUGCUUGAAGGAGACAAAAUGGAACAAGCAGACGCUCAGUUUAACUUUGUACUUAACCAGUCUCCCAACAAUGUUCCCUCUCUUCUUGGCAAAGCCUGCAUAGCCUUCAACCGCAAAGAUUAUAGAGGAGCGCUGGCAUUCUAUAAGAAGGCACUGAGAACUAACCCCGAUAGCCCUGCAGCAUUGCGGUUAGGGAUGGGGCAUUGCUUUAUGAAGUUAAAUAACCAAGAAAAAGCUAGGAUGGCUUUUGAAAGAGCUCUACAGUUAGACCCACAAUGCGUGGGCGCGCUAGUGGGCCUGUCCAUCCUCAAGCUUAAUCUACAAGAGAAUGAGUCAAACAAGAUGGCUGUGAUAAUGUUGUCCAAGGCGUACGCCAUAGACCCUAAGAACCCUAUGGUGUUGAACCAUUUGGCGAACCACUUUUUUUUCAAGAAGGACUACAGCAAAGUACAACACCUGGCUCUCCACGCGUUCCACAACACAGAGAACGAAGCCAUGCGCGCAGAGUCAUGUCACCACCUAGCGCGAGCGUUCCACGCGCAGGGCGACUGCGACCAGGCCUUCCAGUACUACUACCAGGCGACACAGUUCGCGCCGCCCAACUUCGUACUGCCGCACUAUGGGCUGGGGCAGAUGUAUAUCUAUAGAGGAGACACUGAGAAUGCUGCCCAAUGCUUUGAGAAAGUUCUCAAAGUCCAGCCUGGCAACUACGAGACCAUGAAGAUCCUCGGCUCGCUGUACGCCAAUUCAGCCUCGCAGUCCAAGAGGGACAUAGCCCGGCAGCAUUUGAAGAAAGUCACCGAACAGUUCCCUGAUGAUGUGGAGGCUUGGAUCGAACUGGCGCAAAUCUUGGAGCAAAAUGACUUACAGGGAUCCCUGAACGCGUACAGCACCGCCAUGAAGAUCCUGAAAGAGAAAGUGAACGCAGACAUCCCCGCGGAGAUAUUAAAUAACGUAGCGGCCCUACACUACCGGCUAGGCAAUCUACAUGAGGCCAAAACUUACCUCGAGGAAGCGCUAGAAAGAGAGAAAGUAGACGCGGAAACUCUAGACGCCCAGUAUUACAAGUCCAUAGCUGUGACUACUACAUACAACCUGGCCAGGCUCAACGAAGCGCUGUGCAUGUACAACAAGGCUGAGAAACUGUAUAAGGACAUUCUGAAAGAGCAUCCCAAUUAUAUUGAUUGUUAUUUAAGGCUAGGUUGCAUGGCGCGCGACAAAGGUCAGAUUUACGAGGCUUCAGAUUGGUUUAAAGAAGCCCUAAAAGUGAACACGGAGCACCCGGACACGUGGUCGCUGCUCGGCAACCUGCAUCUGGCGCAGCAGGAGUGGGGCCCGGGACAGAAGAAGUUCGAGAGGAUACUGCAGAACUCUUCUAACGCCAGCGACGCCUACUCUCUGAUAGCUUUAGGUAACGUGUGGCUCCAAACUCUGCAUCAACCAUCCAGAGAGAAAGACCGAGAGAAGCGACAUCAAGAACGAGCCUUGGCUAUGUACAAGCAAGUUCUAAAGGUCGACGUCAAGAACAUCUGGGCCGCUAAUGGCAUCGGCUGUGUUCUUGCACACAAGGGUUGUGUGAACGAAGCUCGCGACAUCUUCGCCCAAGUGCGAGAGGCCACAGCCGAUUUUCCGGAUGUUUGGAUGAACAUCGCUCAUAUCUAUGUGGAACAGAAGCAAUACAUCAACGCUAUACAAAUGUACGAGAACUGCAUCCGCAAGUUCCGCAUGCACCACGACGUGGAAUGGCUUACCUGGCUCGCGCGCGCGCACGGCCUCGCCGGCCGACCGCAGGCCGCCAGGGCUGCCUUGUUACGAGCCAGGAGAGUCGCACCACAUGACACCGCUCUAUUAUACAAUGCUGCGUUGACGUUGAGGAGGCUAGCCAGCCAUGUAUUGAAGGAUGAAAGAAGCUCGUUGGAUGUCGUGUUGAGAGCGGUACAUGAGUUGCAGGUGUCACACAAAUACUUCCAACGCCUAGCCUCAACAGAGAGCGGCGAAGGCGCCGAGCGAGCUCGCUACGAGCCCGCGGCCGCCGCGGCCGAGGCUCGAACAUGUGCCGACCUGCUCUCUCAAGCGCAGUGGCACGUGGCCAGAGCGAGACGGCAACACGACGAGGAGGUCACCAUGCGCGACCGACAGAGAGAGCAGAGAGAAGCCUUUAGGAAGCAACAGGAAGAAGAGCGCCGCCGCCGCGAGGAACAACAUCAAAAAAGCACCGUCGAGCAACUACAGAAGAGACAAGAGUUCAAAGAGAAGACGAAGAACGCUCUACUCUUCGCCGACAUGCCGCUUGAGGAUAAGAAGAAGGGAGGCAGGGGGAGGAGGAGGGACGAAUAUGUGUCCGAUUCGGGCAGCGGCAGCGAUCGACCUAAUGAGGAGAAACGGGAGAAAAAGAAGAAGGAGAAAGGCGACCGCAAGGGCAAGAAGCGCCGCGACCGCGCCUCGGGCUCCGACAGCGACCGCCCGCCCAACAAGCGAGGCCGGAGCAAGGCAAAAAAAGGGGGUAAAAGAGACAAGUCUUCUAAAGCGGCGGAUGAGAAGCUCAGCGCCAAACAGCGGCUCAAGAUCGUCUCCAAAGAAACCAUCUCCACGUCCGAGUCCGACUCUGACGCGGGCAGUCGCCGCUCGCGCAGUCGCAGUCGCAGCGGCAGUCGCAGUCGCAGUCGCAGUCCGCCAGCAAAGGGAGGCAGGAAGAGGAUCAUGUCCAACAGCGAUAGUGACAGGUCACGUUCCAAAAGCCGUUCGAAAUCCCGCAGCCGAUCUCGCUCCGGCUCAGCCAAGAGCCGGUCCCGGUCAAAGAGCCGCUCACGGUCCAAGUCUGGCUCACGAUCGAAGAGCCGCUCCCGUUCCAAGAGCAGGUCCCGUUCCAAGAGCCGGUCCAGGUCGAAGAGCCGGUCCCGGUCGAAGAGCGGUUCAAGGUCGAAGAGCCGCUCGAGGUCAAAGAGCAGGUCGAGAUCGAAGAGUCGCUCGAGGUCCAAGAGUGGGUCAAGGUCCAAGAGUCGGUCAAAGUCGCGGUCCAAGAGCCGGUCGAGGUCGCGGUCCAAGAGCCGGUCGAGGUCACGGUCGAAGAGCGGCUCGAGGUCACGGUCAAGAUCAAAAAGCAAGUCGCGUUCGAAAUCGCGUUCCCGGUCCAAGAGCCGGUCCCGGUCCAAGAGCCGCUCCCGGUCCAAGAGCCGCUCCCGCUCUAAGAGCCGGUCCCGCAGCGGCUCCUCCCGCCCCGACACGCCCGUCUCCAGGAAGUCCGUGUCGGCCAGCGACGACGACAACUAGCCGCACCACUCACUCCCAUAGGAAUUAUGAAAUGCGAGAGACAAGAGCGUCUUCACGAGUGUAUAUAGGAUUAAAUUAGUUUACUGACAAACGAAAUUACAUUAAAUAGCAGAGGGCCUCCCGCGAACACCGAAGUUCGCAAAUUGCGGGCAUCUUUCACUUUUACCACAGAAUAAAUAAUAGUACUAGGCUAGGUACAGAAGGUUCACUCUCUAACAAAACCCAUCUAUUACGAGAAAUACAAGCGCAAGCGCGAGGAGGCGUCUGUUCCAUACCGGUGCGCGGCACCUACUACUACCAGACACCAAAAUUGGUGUUGGCGCAUGUACUUGUAGCGAUGAUCCACGCCUGCUUUUACUCCAAUUAGAGUGACAGAGAUAGUUUCUCGUUUACGAACUUCGAUUUUAGCGGUUGUAGCCCAGGAUUUGUAAAAAUACGAUGCUAGAAAAAACAAUUUAAUAAUUCCGAAUACUCGAUAAUGUCGAAAAAAAAGCGCUGGUGGCCUAGCGGUAAGAGAGUGAGACUUUCAAUCCGGAGGUCGCGGGUUCAAACCCCGGCUCGUACCAAUGAGUUUUUUGGAACUUAUGUACGAAAUAUCAUUUGAUAUUUACCAGUCGCUUUUCGGUGAAGGAAAACAUCGUGAGGAAACCGGACUAAUCCCAAUAAGGCCUAGUUUACCCUCUGGGUUGGAAGGUCAGAUGGCAGUCGCUUUCGUAAAAACUAGUGCCUACGCCAAAUCUUGGGAUUAGUUGCCAAGCGGACCCCAGGCUCCCAUGAGCCGUGGCAAAAUGCCGGGACACCGCGAGGAAGAAGAAGAAGACU